ACUUGCAGGUUGUGCAUAUGUAGCGAGCCGUAGUGUAAUGUAACAUAUUAAGCAUUUAACACAUAAAACUAUAUAGUAAUAAGCCGCAUAUUAUUUAUUUUUUGAACUCUGAAAAGCCCACAUGUCGACAAAGUAAAUGCAGUAAGCACGGAAGUCUGCAGACGAAGUGCCGGGCGGUCCAACUAACUCUUGCAUCAAAAGGUUUCUGCUGCCCAGGCGGCCAGUGUGCGAAGACUGUCACGUUGUCAAAGGUUUAACUUUGUCCGAAAGAACUCACAGAUUCUAGUAAAUAUAAAUCUACUGUACGAAUUACACUAGAUGUGGAAAUCAUAAGAAUGUCUUUUUUAUCAAGAAUUCUUAUACAUCUACGUUCUCCAUAUGGUGCGCUGACAGGAUAUAUAUGGACAAAUUCUUGGAAAGUUGUUUCCAGUUCCAAGUCUGCAUUUUUUUAUCCUUUUAAAGGAACCAGUAGGUUCUGCUCAAAUAAUAGCACCUCAGGUUCUUCCAGCAGCCUCGUUACUGCUAACAGAGAUGACCUUGCUCAAAAUGACAGCAUUCAGGCUGUUGAAAUCAUCGAGGAUGAAAGCCUACUCCCAUCCCAGAGGAAGAAACAGCACAGUAAUCUUCUAAUGGUGGAGAUAUAUGCAUGUAAUAGUGCUGUUGAAGCACUGAACCUCUUAACUCAACAUCGGGAGGUGAUGGACAGUCAUCAUAUUUUGGCAAUUAUGAAUAGGCUCCAAGUUUUAGUUGAAAAUGGUUUAGAAACUGUUGAGAAGAUAAAUAGUUUGGAGGAGUUCUCCAGCUUCUGUCACAAACUCUGGAAGACAAGCAGAAGAAUGGAGAUUGAUGAACAGCUGUCACUGCUGAAGUUUCUAUGUAGAAUGAGAAUUCUGUCAGAUUCCAAGAUUAUGCAAACAGUUCUGCAGCUUCUACGGCAUUCCAUUAAUGACCUGGAUUUGAGGCAGUUAAUAUAUCUGGACUUUUUACUCAAGAAAUUGCCACCAACCCCACUGUCAGAUGGUCUACUUGUGGCUGUGCCUGUGGUCAUUGACAAUAUUCUGAAGAAUGAAAUAUUAGAAGAGCUUUCCGCAAAGGACUUGUCACAGCUGCUUGCUAUCUGCAUAGAUGGAAGGAUAAAUAACAUUGGUAUCAUCUUGCAAGAAGUAUAUAGACAAGGCACAAUCAUCUCAGCAUCCCUAGGGUUGAGUAUUCUUUGGUCCCUUGUCAUGAUGUUCGUUACAGAAGGAAAACGGAUUGUCCUCUCCAAAGAAGAAAGCUUAGUGAGGGAAGUCCUCAUGAAAGAAUGUCUUGAAUCAAUUUCCAAAGACUUAAAAUCUUUGACUCGGCAGAAGAUAGAAACGACUCUUGAAAAAUUAUGUGAAGCACAUAGGAAGAAGGACCGUUGCACAUAUAAUGAGCACUUUCUUAAUGCAGUUGCUAAACAUGCAGUUGAUGACCAAUGGGAUUUCACAGCAGUUGCUCACACAAUAAGAAGACUACACAGAAUGAAUUUCAUCUCAGAAGAUUUGGUACAUCACAUGGUUCAUCAAGUGCUACAAAAUCCUGAAGAGGUUAUCAGAUCAAGAGUCCAAGUUUUGCCACUGUUAAUUGCACUAGGAGGCUGUGAACUUCAGCAUCUUAAUCAACGCCAAGCUGUUGAUGUUCUUGUUAAUCAUGAACAGAUAAGAAUCAAAGAGGAAAAUUAUUUCAAGAGACCCUGGAUAAAACUGGCAAUUGAAUUGCUCUCCUUGGAUUACCAUCACACUCAGCUGCUAGAGUUGUUGACAAAUCAAGAUUUCCUUCAGGUAUACAUGUCGACAAAAAAGGUACCUGUGUCAGAGUACAAACUUUUACUCAGAAUACAUCAGGCAUUGGUAACAUUUGGUCAGAAUUCUCUUCAAAUACCAGAGAAAUACUUGCAAAAAGCAAGAACUUUUGCAAGAGAACGGGCUCCGUCAAAAUCAGAUCUGAAAGUUAGACUUCAUCAAAUUCUUGACAGUCCGGAUCACCUUGUGUCUAGUGUGGUCACAAGCAAUGAUAUUUAUAUUGACCAUCUUUUGGCAAUUGAUGAAGAAGGAAAUACUGUUAUUAUUGAGCACAAAAAUUCUGAUGCCUUUGGUAAUAUCAGUAUCAGCUCUUUGCAAAUACCAGACAACACAAAAAGGAUUGCAUUGAUGGACAUUGGGUCAUCACAUGUUUUUGGACCAGGUUAUCGUUUAAAAGGAUAUAUAAAGCUUGAACAACGGAUACUGGAAGCUCAUGGAUUUCAGGUUGUCCAUAUUGUGCAGCCUGAAUUAUUUUGUCUACCCUCAGAUGAAAGAAGUCUGCAUAUAAAAAGACAGAUGGCUAUCUCAGGAAUUGCUUUUUGUUGAGUUUCAUGUCUGCCUGUAUGUAUAAUAAAUCUAAUGUAUUUAUGAAAAAGAAUUAUUGUUUUGAUAUGGCUUUUUUACCA